AUGCCUUCAACAAACAAAAAUGCCUUCAUCAGCUUGUUAUUAUUAAUAGCUUUUUGCCUAUCUUUCUCAGCUGUUUAUAGUAAUGAAAAUAAAACUACACAAGACACAUACAGCGAUGGAUCAUCGUCGUCGUUGUCUCCGCCGGGUGUUUGUGCAAACUGCAGCGUUUGUCAAUAUCCCUGCCGCGUUCAGCCGCCGCCUCCGCCGCCGGGAACCCAACCAAUAUAUGCUGCUCCGCCACCUCCGGUUGGUCCUCCUGGACAACAAGCCAACUGCCCUCCGGCUGGUCCGGUUAUUUGCUGCGGCGGCCAACAGUACUCACCCCCGGCGCCGCCGUACAAUUACUAUCCCUACGGCGGCGGCAAUCCGAUUCCCUCCGCCGAGCCCGUCGUGAAGCCUAUUUCUUCCAUGUGGUUGGCUGCUGCCUAUUUCAUGUCAAUCAUGGGGAAUCCAACCAGAGAAAUUGAACACCUCCGAAAACCACCGCCGGCGCAGCCGUCAUUCAGCCGUUACCCGCAGCCAACGAGUGGCGGAGGAGCUGACCGCCGCCAAUCGAUUACUUUCUUUAAUCUGUGUGAUUUUCAUGAUAUUGGAGCAUGCAUGGCUAGCUAUUUGGGAAAAUCUGCUCCUUCAAAUGGCUCGGUGUAUGUUUGCAACUUACCUCCAGGAACAACUGAGGAUAUGGUGGCUGAACACUUUGGAAAACUAGGGGUGUUAAAGAAAGACAAGCGCACUGGUCGACCAAAGAUUUGGUUCUAUCGUGAUAAAAUCACCAAUGAGCCAAAAGGGGAUGCUACAGUAACUUAUGAGGAUCCUCAUGCAGCAUCAGCUGCCGUGGAGUGGUACAAUAACAAAGAUUUCCACGGAGCCACAAUUGGAGUUUUUAUUGCAGAGUCAAAGAAUAAGGAGGAUCAGUCAUAUAAUUCUGGAAGUAAUGUUGUUGAUCAAAACGUAGGUAGUGAUCUUAUUGGAUUGGAGGUAGGUUCUACAGAAAUAAAUGGAGGGGCUGGACGAGGUAGAGGACGAGGGGAUGCUUCUGGGAAGGCAUGGCAACAAGACGGAGACUGGAUGUGUCCGAAUACAAGUUGCUCCAAUGUGAACUUUGCAUUUCGCGGUGUGUGCAACCGUUGUGGCAGUGCGCGACCUUCUGGUGUUUCUGGCGGUGCUGCAGGAUCUGGAGGUCGAGGAAGGGGUGCUGGUGGCCAAGAGUCCGGAAAUGGUAGUCGUGCUGCUGUUGGUGGGCUAUUUGGUCCAAAUGAUUGGCCUUGUCCAAUGUGUGGCAAUAUCAACUGGGCAAAGCGCACUAAAUGCAACAUUUGCAACACUAACAAGCCUGGUCAUAAUGAAGGUGGAGUUAGAGGUGGUCGUGGUGGAGGCUACAAAGAACUUGAUGAGGAAGAACUAGAAGAAACUAAAAGAAGGAGACGGGAAGCUGAAGAGGAUGAUGGUGAAAUGUAUGAUGAGUUUGGUAACCUUAAGAAGAAAUUUCGUGCCAAAAUGCAACAAACUGAAGCUGGUCAGAAAAUUCCUGGUGUUGGACGUGCUGGAUGGGAUGUGGACGAACUAGGUGCAAGUGACCGGGAUAGGAAGGAAAGAUCCAGAGACAAAAGCAGAGAUAGUUAUGAAAGAGAGAAAGAUAGGCACCGAAGUAGAAGCAGAAGCAGAGAACGAGAUAGAGGACGAGAUAGUGACCGGGAUUACAGUUAUGAUCGGGACAGAGAACAUAAACGGGAACGGGACAGGGAUCGGGAGAGGAGCAGAUAUCGGUACUGAAAAUUCUUAGCUAGUUUUGGAGUUCCCAAUCUUUUUGUGCCCGUGGUGGGAGAGAAAUUAUGGUUUUCUUUGCAGAUGUUUCUCUAAAACCCUAUUUAGGUUAUUUUUUCUUCAAUGUAUUAUAAUAUAUUGGCAGAUUUCAAGAACAAAUAAACAACUUUUGUGGCUUCUAAGUUCUGUUUACCUUCAUUUAUUAAGGGGUUUUAGGUUUUCUUUCCUUUCUUCUAUUUUUGGGUUCUGGACUUUGCAGUUCCAGUUUCUUUAUGAACCAAAAUUGCUCACUUUCAGAUUUUCGGUUCCCAUGGGAUUGGCUCAUGAUAUAGCAAAAUAUUUCGAGACUUUUUCACUAAAGCCCAGGAUGAUCCUGGAAAAAAUGCAUUUAACGGGACAGUGAGAAAAGAGAUGAUCUAUCGCCUGCGGUUUCAGAGGACAUGCCUCGCGCCUUUGUUCUUCAGUUAACAUUUUCAAUUUCUUCAGUCUAGAAUCUGUCCAGAAUAUAUUAUUUUAAAG